CGCCACAGCAGUGAGUGUAGCUGCCACCGUAACUGACAGGUCUUGAAGUCACCCCGCAGUGCUCUGGGGGCCAUCAGAUGCCUGGUUACAUCUUUGCCGGGAUCUGGAGGCUGGGGAACGAAGCAGAAGUUGAAGAUUUCUGCUGGUCUUUAUACUGAGGAAUGGUUCUUUUAGUUGGCUUUUGAACAGAUCUGGUAGAAGAGAGGGAAGACAGCUUUAAUAGUGGAGCUGUGUUCUCUGCUCUGAAGUUACAGCCGCUGGGAGUCUAUCUCCCUCGGACAUGGCCACAAGCGGCUUUCACUUUGUACCAUGUGACACCAAACGAGCAUCCAGACAGCUUGGAGCAUCUGCUGUGGGCAGUUCAUCAACCAAGGUGGAUCUCAAGAGUGGGCUGGAAGAGUGUGCAGAGGCAUUGAACUUAUUUCUAAGUAACAAGUUUAAAGAUGCCUUGGAGCUGCUUCGUCCAUGGGCCAAGGAGAGCAUGUACCACGCCUUGGGAUACAGCACCAUUGUGGUCUUGCAGGCCAUCAUGACCUUUGAGCAGCAGGACAUCCAGAACGGCAUUUCCGCCAUGAAGGACGCUUUGCAAACCUGCCAAAAAUACAGGAAGAAAUGCACAGUUGUGGAGUCUUUCUCAAGUCUGCUUUCUCGUGGCUCGCUGGAGCAGCUGAGUGAAGAGGAAAUGCAUGCCGAAAUCUGCUACGCCGAGUGUCUCCUACAGAAAGCCGCGCUCACAUUUGUGCAGGAUGAAAAUAUGAUCAACUUCAUCAAAGGUGGACUCAAAAUUAGAACAAGUUACCAAAUAUAUAAAGAGUGCCUUUCCAUCCUGCACGUAAUUCAGAAGAACAAACAGGAGCAGCACUUCUUCUAUGAGUUUGAAGGCGGUGUCAAGCUUGGCACGGGGGCCUUUAAUUUGAUGCUGUCUCUUCUACCAGCAAGAAUUAUCAGACUGCUAGAAUUUAUUGGAUUUUCUGGAAACAGGGACCUGGGCCUUCUGCAGCUGCGGGAAGGUGCGUUGGGAAGCAGCAUGCGGUCCCCGCUCUGCUGCCUUACCAUCCUGGCUUUCCAUACCUACAUCUCCCUUAUUCUUGGUACAGGAGAAGUGAACGUGGUGGAAGCAGAGAGUCUCCUGGCGCCCUUCCUUCAGCAGUUCCCCAAUGGCUCACUCAUACUGUUCUACCACGCCCGGAUCGAGCUGCUCAAAGGCAAUGCUGAGAAGGCUCAAGAAACGUUUCGAAAAUGCAUUUCAGUUCAAGAAGAGUGGAGACAGUUUCACCAUCUCUGUUACUGGGAAUUAAUGUGGAUUUACAUAUACCAGCAGAAUUGGAUGCAGGCGUAUCAUUAUUCAGACCUACUCUGCAAAGAGAGCAAAUGGUCCAAGGCAACAUAUGUGUUCUUGAAAGCUGCCAUUCUGAGCAUGCUUCCGGAGGAGGAGGUGGCAGUGACCAAUGAGAACGUGGUGGCUCUGUUCAGACAGGUAGACGGCUUGAAGCAGAGGAUCGCGGGGAAAUCUCUCCCAACCGAGAAGUUCGCUGUGAGGAAGGCACGCCGGUACUCACCCUCCUCAGGAGCCCCGGGGAAGCUCGUCUUACCUGCCCUGGAAAUGAUGUACGUCUGGAAUGGCUUUUCAAUAGUAGCCAAAAGGAAGGACCUUUCUGAAAACCUCUUGGUGACUGUGGAGAAGGCUGAGGCGGCUCUGCAAACUCAGAACUCUGCUGACUCUGUGGAUGAUGAGUGCUUGGUGAAAUUACUGAAGGGAUGCUGCCUCAAGAACUUAGAGCGACCCUUGCAAGCUGAGUUGUGUUUCAACCACAUUGUGGAAAGUGAGAAACUACUGAAGUACGACCACUAUCUGGUGCCGUUCACUCUGUUUGAGCUGGCGUGUUUGUAUAAAAGCCAAGGGGACAUUGACAAGGCCAUAAAGACCCUAGAAACUGCAAGAAACAACUACAAAGAUUACUCCUUGGAGUCCAGACUACACUUCAGGAUUCAAGCAGCCCUUCAUCUCUGGAAAAAACCAUCCUCUUCCUCAGACUGAUCAGAAUGCACAGGAUGGGAUCCCCCCAGUUAACAUGUGGAGAUCAGUCCCAGUUAAGGUGGAAGCGAGAUCCUUCGAAUAAGAAAGGAAACUCUAUUGUCAGGCACUUCCUGUCACCCGAGUGGCUUCCUGUUCCCCUAUGGAAUGGCAAUCAAUAUUGUAUAGAGAUUCUUAUACUCUGCCUUUAAAAAGAAUUUCACGUUAGAUUUCAAUUGAGGGGUGAAGUCUUUUAAAAGACUGACAGGUACAAUAAAGUCUAGUUAGAUUAUUUAUUUUUUUAAUGCAAAAAUUAAUAUUGUUCAAGUAGCAAAUGGCUUUAUAUGCUGAGCCAUUUUUAGAUUGGCUUGUCCUUUAAACUUCAGAGAUAUUUUAUUGCUUAGUAUUUAAAUCUCAGAAUGGGAAUAAAUAUCGCAUCUAAAAUAAUAUAACAAUGAGCUUCUGAAGGUUCUGAAGAGAGAAGCAGAGGGCCCGAGGGGUGAAGUCUUCCUAGACUGAAGGACCUGCAUCUCUUCAGGAUGAUGCAGCCGUGAAUUCUCGGGUUUCCGCUCUCAGUGAUUGAAAUGGUGGCAUUUUUCAGAAACCAUUCUGUCUUUGAAUGUACUCAUAUCUGAUCCAGCAAUAGCAUUCAAUCAUAUAGACACAUCUCCCAUGUAUCUACAGGAAGAAAACACGGUAUUUUAGACCUCCCUAACCUUAGUGCUAAAGCCUGAGAUAUAGACUCUGACUACUUUUCUUACAGGGAGGAAAAAAAAUCCCUGUUGCUUUAAAUGAUAUGUAAAAUAUCAGUCAUUUUUACACUUAGGAUGUGGCUGGCCCAGCACUGACGGCUUUUUUCUUUCUUUCUUUCUUAAACAUCUGGGCUGGGUUUUGGUUCUCUGAGUAGAAUAUAGAACCAGAGCAUGGGGCUGGAAGAGCCAGGCUCUGCUACUGGUGAGCAGAGAGCAGUUGGCUUUUCUGGAGUCCCCACGCCUGCCAAUUACUGUAUCUUCCUCUCUUGUGAAAUAGAAAAAGAACAGGUGACUUCAACGUUCUCUCUGAGUUUUAUAACCAUGAGUCUGUGUAUUAGGUACUUCCAGCACUGUUUAGCAUUCAGUCCACGUUCUUCCCAUUUAGAAUGUUUUAUUUUUUUUCAAUGCCACUCCCUCUCCUUCCAAUCCACUGCCUAUAGUAGUUGUUACAGCUAAGGGCCAGAUCCCACCCAGUGAGGAGAACAGUUCACGCGUCCAUGAGGCAGGGUUUUGUUCCGUUUUCUUGUCUAUAUGGUAGUUGACUCCACAUUCCCCAGGUGACACCCCGAGUUUGUAGUUGGGAGUCUCUCCCUGUUGGUGAAUAGUUAGCAAUGUAAAACAAAUAACUUGGCCUUUCUAGGACUUGGAUUUCCCAGCGGGAAUGACAAGGUAGACUCAGUGCUCUGAGGCCUCAAUGAGGUGGUGCAUUUGGUAGCUUUCUGUACACUGGGGAGGCUAUCGACACAGGAGGGAGUCUGACCAUUAGGGCUUUGUGCAUGGAUUACAGUAGCUAUAUGAAAGUAUCCUCUGAGUCUGUGGUCUGUGCCGUAAGAUGAAGUGAACGUGGGCAGUCAGAAGCCUCUCGGUUUAUGCAGUUACCACUGAGAGCAGCCCAGAUCAUGGAGUGGCUCCUGCUCUCCCCUCCUGCAGUUGCCAUGCUCAGCAUUGGUGCUGUGUUACAUAAGGUACCAUUUCUUGACCAACAUUGAGGAAGCAUUUCUUGAAGAAGGUGAUUAAUACACUUCUUCAACAUGGGGGCAGAUAACAUUAUGUCACAUUAAUAUGAAUUAUACAACCAGCUACAGAUAGAAGGGGAAAUAAAUUGUCAUGAUACUAUAGAAAUGUAUUCUAUAAUUAUAUAUAUAUAUAUAUAUAUAUAUAUAUAUAUAUAUAUGACUUUGAAGAAAAGUUUAUAAAUUCUUUAGGAGAACAUUGAUAACAUUAUUUUAAAAACAUAUAUUAUUAAAGAAUCUAUCUGGGAGUAGUGGCACAUUCCUUUAAUCCCAGCACCUGGGAAGCAGGGGCA